AUGCCACCUGUUACACAUAGUCAAAAUGUUGAACUCCUUAGACCCUUUGAGGGGGAGGAGGUGAAAUCAGCCCUAUUUUCAAUGUUUCCUGAUAAAGCUCCAGGCGCGGAUGGUAUGAACCCAGGUUUUUAUCAACACUUCUGGGAUGUGGUAGGGGAUGAUGUAACCACUUUUGUCCUCAAGUGUCUUAAUGAGUGUUCUUUCCCUGAGUGUCUCAAUGACACUAAUGUGGUGUUGAUUCCUAAAAAGAAGUCUCCAGAGAUGGUGUAUGAUCUUCGACUAAUUGCUUUGUGCAAUGUGGUAUAUAAAAUUAUGGCCAAGAUGGUGGCAAACAGAAUGAAACCUCUUUUAGGAGAUGUGAUUUCGGAAUCCCAGAGCGCUUUUAUCCCUAAUCGUUUGAUUAGUGAUAAUAUUCUGAUUGCUGCGAAGUUGGGUCACUAUCUCAACAGGAAGCAGACUGGUAUGGUUGGGUGGGCUGCCCUCAAGCUUGACAUGGCGAAAGCUUAUGAUCGUAUGGAGUGGACGUUUCUCCGCAAAAUGCUGGUAGCAUUGGGUUUUUCUGAAAGGUGGGUUCAGUUGCAGGCCCAAUCCCGAAGAGAUUUUCAUGGGUGCAGGGUUGCCAGAGGUGCACCGCCGGUUUCACAUCUGUUUUUUGCAGAUGAUAGUCUUCCGUUUUUCAAAGCUACUAUCCAUGAGGCGGAAGUCAUUAGAAAUUCUCUUAAUAUCUAUGAGAGUAUGUCUGGUCAAGCGGUGAACUACCAUAAAUCAAGUGUAUGCUUUAGUAGGAAUACCUCUGAAGUUUGCAGGGAAGAUGUGGCAUCAGUGUUGGGGGUUACUCAGGCGCCCAACUUUGGCAAAUAUUUGGGCUUGCCAUCUUUUAUAGGGAGAAAUAGGAGGGCUGUUUUCUCCUACAUUGAGGAUAAAAUCAAGCAGAGGCUUGGUUCGUGGAACAAGAGGUUAAUCUCACAAGCUGGUAAAGAAAUUCUACUCAAAAGUGUGGCCCAAUCAAUGCCUACUUUCUCCAUGAGUGUCUUCUUGCUCCCAGAUGGGGUCUGUCAGUCUAUUGAGCGGGCCAUGAAUCGGUACUGGUGGAGUUCGGGCAGUGAACGGGGUAUUCAUUGGAAAGCCUGGGACCGUCUAUGCAUUCCAAAGAAUUACAGAGGUUUGGGUUUUAAGGAUCUAAGGGCUUUUAAUCUAGCAAUGCUGUGUAAGCAGGCCUGGCGCUUCCUUACAAGGCCAGACUCUCUGGUGACAAGAAUUUAUAAAGCUAGGUACUUCCCUAAGACCUCGUUUAUUGAUGCAAAGUUGGGUAGUUGCCCAAGUUAUUGCUGGAGAAGUAUUAUGGGAGCCCAUGAGUUAAUUUGCAGUGGAGUAAGAAAGAGAAUUGGAGAUGGAAGAUCUACUUUAAUAUGGGGUCAUCCCUGGUUACCUGAUGGUCCUAACCCUAUGAUUCAGACUAACAUGCCCCACGAAUUAGAUGGCUCUCUGGUUUCAGGUCUGGUUGACCCAGAUACUGGAACUUGGGAUCACUCCAUCCUCUGUGAUAUUUUUAGCCCCACUGAUGUCGAACGCAUUUUGAAAGUUCCGGUUAGCCUGGAUUAUGAGGACUCAUGGUUUUGGGUUGGGGACCCAGGAGGUACCUAUACGGUCAAACAGGGCUAUAGAAAUACUAUUGGAAACUUUGAGAGCUCGCCAGGAGACUUUGAUAAAUGGUCACAUCUCUGGAAAAUCAAAUCCCCUGCAAAGUGGAAAACGUUUCUUUGGAAGGCCCUCUCAAAUGUUCUCCCUACCACCACCAAUCUGAUUUUAAAGAGAGUUGAGGUGGACCCGGCAUGUCCAAUGUGUGGUCUUGAGCAUGAAAGUAUUAUGCAUUCAUUGAUUUUAUGUGACUUUUCAAGACUAGUAUGGCAUGAAUCUUCUUUGCAUGCUAAUAGUGUGAAUGGGAAUGAUUUUCCAAUGUGGUUUUCUAAUGCUUUGUGUGUGCUAACGGACGAACAAAUCUUGGUGGCAGCGGCAGUUUUAUAUUAUGUUUGGAGGGCUCGCAACUCGGCCGUUUGGGAGGGGUGUUUGCCGCGGCCGAAGGCUGUCUGGCGGUCGGUGACGACUUGGCGACAAACGCACCUGGCGGCUCCUCAUUCACCAUCGACUCCAGUUCAUCUCAACGUUGCUCCUUUGCCUGUUGCUGCUGCACAUACGCUGCCACAUGCAAACGGAUUACCGCCCAAGUGCUACUUCGACGCCAGCUUCAACUCAGCCGCAAGGAAAGCCACGGUAGGAGCAAUCCUUGUCUCGUCAGAUGGGGGUUUCCUAGCAACCUUCAAUGGUCAUCUCCCCGCUUGUUUCUCACCACUCAUGACCGAGUCACUCGCAUGCAAGGAGGUUUUAUCUUGGCUCAAAGAUCGUGGUCUGGCUUCCGUGGAUGUCUACACUGAUUGCUAUAAUCUCAAACAACUGUUAUGUUCGAACAACGUUGCCCUUUAUUCUUAUGUUGCUUUUUCAAUUAAUGCCACUAGGGCUUUAAUGUCGUCUUUUACUCAUUGCUCACCUCCAAAUUUGAAAUAUCUGCCAAUGGAGGAGAAUGAAUCUGCCAUACAUAUGUUUGCUCAUUGCAGUGAAGCACAGCGUGUGUGGUCUCUGGUAGAACUGCCGAUUCCUACGGGUACUGCAGUUCAAAAUAUUAGUGAGUGGUUCUUUAAUGUCCUUACUGCUUUGAAUGAUGAUAUGCUCACAAAGUUUGUUAUGGUGUGUUGGUCGCUAUGGAGCAGUAGGAACGAAAGGGUGUGGAAGGGGAUUACUUUCAAUGUACAUGUAGCCAUCCGGAGAGGACUUGCGCUGUUGGAGAAUUGGAGUUCGGCAAAUGCAAACCACUGUGAGGCUGCUGCAGCUUCACACCGAACACAAUGGACUAAGCCAGCGGUAGGUCGUAUCAAAUUGAACACUGACGUGGCUGUUAGGGCGGAGACAAACGUGAUGGGUCUUGGGUAG